AUGCGCCAGGCGACCGCGGAGUCGCCAAUAUGUGUCCGUUCUUUUGUGCCCAAGCUCGGCCGAGGCCACGUCCACUACGUUCCGUACUCGCACACGUCGCCCGAUGCUUGCACGUAUGCGGCCAAGGACGGUAGCCGGCACAGCACGAUGACGCUCGCCUCCAACUCGACGCAGGCCAUGGACGAAGUGCUCCACAAUACGUAUGGAAGACGCUGGGGUGGGACGAUCCGGUCUCGAGCGCGAGCGCAAGGAGCUUGGCUUGUGCCCGUACGAGUGCCCGAGCACAAGGAAGGCAAUGGCUGCAAAUCGCACUGUGUCUUGGGCGCAUGGCACGAACCGCAAGUGAAGACCUUGAAGUCGACGCAAUCGCUUGCGCAAAGCCACGUCUUCAACUGCCAGCACUUAGCCGCAAAGGGACUGCACCACCACGUCUUUGUUUUGGGCGCGUCCGGGUCCAUGGCCGGGGAGCCGUGGGAGGCGCUCACGACGGCCACGUUGCGCAGCUUCGCGCGACGCGAAGCCACAGCUGCGCCGACAUUGUCUCGCAAGCCGCUGGUUGACAUGACCGAUAUCUCCCUGCCGUUCUCUGGCCGCACAACCAACUACGACGACGGACUGCGCGUCGCCAACGACGUGCUCUCGCGCAACGACCACAAGACGUACACGCCCGUCCUGCUCUUCUUUUAA